AUGUGGCAGUCUGGUCACGUCCCGUCGGUCUUCCGCCGCGCGCUUUCUGCUGCUUCGAAUGCUCCACUGAUUUCAGGGUCCGCUCCUUCGUUUGGCAUUGCAUUCGACAUUGACGGCGUCUUGAUCCGUGGCGGCCAUGCGCUCCCGAAAGCAGAGCGUGUGUUGAAGUCGCUUCGAUCGAACAAUGUGGCUCACAUCUUUUUGACCAAUGGUGGAGGCUGCAUGGAAGACAAAAAGGCCAAGAACCUUAGCACAAUUCUGGACGUGCCCAUUGACCCCGAGCAUAUGAUUCUCUCACACACGCCCAUGCGAGAAAUUGCCAAGACCUAUGGAGACAAGCGGGUGCUUAUUAUGGGUUCGCACGAUGUCUGGCGUGUGGCCAAGUGCUACGGUUUCAAUAAAAUUGUGAGCGUAAAGGACUUGCUGCAUCAUCAUCCCAUGCAAUAUCCAUUCAUGCACUUGGAACAAAGAGCGGCACCGCAUUACAAUGAGCCCAUUGAAGCCAUUAUUGUGAUGCAUGAUCCGAUUGAGUGGGCACCUGAAAUCCAGGUCGCGGUGGAUGUGCUCAUUGGAGGUAAUCCGCCGGGAAGUGGAUGCCCGUCGGGCAAGCAGACACCGUUGUUCUUGAGCAACGACGACUUUGUCUUCAGUGGAGCAUACCCGUUCCCUAGAUUCGCUCAAGGAGCUUUCAUGCGAUGCCUGAAACUGCUGUAUGAAGACUAUACAGGCCGUAGGUUGAAGACGACGCACUACGGCAAACCCUACAAGGUCACGUACGAUUACGCAAAGCGUCUUCUCAACACCUUUUCAAAAAAGCCUGAGCCACUGAGACGCAUGUACGGUAUUGGCGACAAUCCUCUCGCCGAUAUCCAGGGCGCAAACAACGCUGGUGAUGACUGGACUUCUGUCCUCGUUCGAACGGGGAUCUAUGAUGGCUCGAAGGACCCAGAGCAUAAACCGGACGUGAUUGUCGAUGGUGUUUACGACGCCAUCAAACACAUUUACAAGUGCGAGGGCAUCGACGACUCGGCGUUGUAA